AUGGGGACAGACCGAGACAGACGGGGACAGACCGAGACAGACGGGGACAGACCGAGACAGACGGGGACAGACCGAGACAGACGGGGACAGACCGAGACAGACGGGGACAGACCGAGACAGACGGGGACAGACAGAGACAGACGGGGACAGACGGAGACAGACGGGGACAGACCGAGACAGACGGACACAGACCGAGACAGACGGGGACAGACGGAGACAGACGGGGACAGACGGAGACAGACGGGGACAGACCGAGACAGACGGGGACAGACGGAGACAGACGGGGACAGACGGAGACAGACGGGGACAGACGGAGACAGACGGGGACAGACCGAGACAGACGGACACAGACCGAGACAGACGGGGACAGACGGAGACAGACGGGGACAGACCGAGACAGACGGGGACAGACGGAGACAGACGGGGACAGACCGAGACAGACGGACACAGACCGAGACAGAUGGGGACAGACCGAGACAGACGGGGACAGACCGAGACAGACGGGGACAGACCGAGACAGACGGGGACAGACCGAGACAGACGGGGACAGACCGAGACAGACGGGGACAGACCGAGACAGACGGGGACAGACCGAGACAGACGGGGACAGACGGAGACAGACGGGGACAGACGGAGACAGACGGGGACAGACGGAGACAGACGGGGACAGACGAGACAGACGGGGACAGACCGAGACAGACGGGGACAGACCGAGACAGACGGGGACAGACCGAGACAGACGGGGACAGACCGAGACAGACGGGGACAGACCGAGACAGACGGGGACAGACCGAGACAGACGGGGACAGACCGAGACAGACGGGGACAGACCGAGACAGACGGGGACAGACCGAGACAGACGGGGACAGACCGAGACAGACGGGGACAGACCGAGACAGACGGGGACAGACCGAGACAGACGGGGACAGACCGAGACAGACGGGGACAGACGGAGACAGACGGGGACAGACGGAGACAGACGGGGACAGACGGAGACAGACGGGGACAGACCGAGACAGACGGGGACAGACCGAGACAGACGGGGACAGACCGAGACAGACGGGGACAGACCGAGACAGACGGGGACAGACCGAGACAGACGGGGACAGACAGAGACAGACGGGGACAGACCGAGACAGAUGGACACAGACCGAGACAGACGGGGACAGACCGAGACAGACGGGGACAGACCGAGACAGACGGGGACAGACCGAGACAGACGGGGACAGACCGAGACAGACGGGGACAGACCGAGACAGACGGGGACAGACCGAGACAGACGGGGACAGACCGAGACAGACCGAGACAGAUGGAGACAGAUGGGAACAAUAUUAA